GGAAUCAUUUUUUUAUUUUGUUUGAGGACGUUGAUAAACGGUAUCUUUUGCGUAAAUAUGAUAUUUUUUAUUAUAAAUUAGCAAAGCACUAUUUUCUUUAGGGUUUGAAAGGUUUCAAACAAACGCCGUGCUGUGCCACGACGGCUUGUUUUGACGCGCGUUUGCUCCCCCACGUCGUUCAGUCUGACCACUGUGUAACCAUAGAAAGUGAAGGUCGCCCAGGGGCGCUGUUUUUAUCGAGCAUGGUUUAGUGUUUGUAUAAGGUCGCUGUUUAUCUUUAAAUUCGAGAUCCGCGGCAGUUUUACGAGCCCCGAUUGCCGAUCAUGUAGUGCGGACCAGUCUCAAGCACUGCCAUGCAGUCCGUACUCAUGUAUGGACGUCUGUUGACGCGCGCCCUCGCCAACAGCGUCUUUAGUUACACAACAUGCACCUCGACGAGCGACGCCAGGUAUGCGUGGACCAAGGGCGACCUGGGCCUUCAGACGGCUACCUGUGGUUUUCCCAAAGAACGGAAUCGCUUCUCGAUCGGACUCGGCCGGGGACGCUUCGGCGAUGACGCCUGCUUCGCCGCUAAAUACAAGUCCUUCGACGUCCUAGGGGUUGCGGAUGGCGUCGGUGGAUGGAGAACGUACGGCGUGGACCCGUCGUUGUUUUCGACGGCGCUGAUGCGGAACUGCGAGCGAGUCGUCAACUCGGGGAGGUUCAAGCCAAACUCGCCGGCGAACAUCAUCGCGUCCAGUUACUACGAGCUGCUAGAAAACAAGCGCCAUAUCAUCGGAAGCAGCACGGCAUGUGUGCUGGUGCUGAACUGUGUGGAGCGCCUCCUGUACACGGCCAACAUCGGCGACAGUGGGUUCCUGGUGGUCAGGAGGGGUCAGGUGGUGCACCGGUCGCAGGAGCAACAGCACUACUUCAACACCCCGUUCCAACUGUGUCUGCCUCCGCCCGGCGUCAGCCAGUUCGUGCUCAGCGACAGCCCAGAGUCUGCCGACACAUCCUGCUUUGCCGUGCAAGAGGGUGACCUGAUCCUAAUGGCCACGGACGGGCUGUUCGACAACCUGCCCGAGAACAUGAUCGUCAACGAGCUGGCUCAGCUUGGGGAGCCCUGCCUGGACAGCAUCCAGCAGACGGUGAAUUCGCUGGCGCUGCAGGCAAGGAGGCUGGCCUUUGACGAGUCUCACCUGUCCCCCUUCAGCCUCAGGGCGCGCGACAACGGCAUCGACACCAUCGGUGGGAAGCCAGACGACAUCACAAUCCUACUGGCAUCGGUGAGCUCCAAGCAGGGCCACAGCAGGGAGACCCUGAAGACGUCCGUAGCUCGCAACACUUCGCUUGACCACGGUUAAAGGACCCCUAGCCUAAGUGCGAGUCCGUAAGUGAAGCGAUUAGGAGACUGUGUAUGUCGCAGGCCAGAAACGCAAGACCCCGUGUGCAUGAACUAGUGUGUAAGCAUGCCUCUCCCGCUCCGCCUGCGGUUUUGCAGUCAUAUUUGUAAAUAUGUCGCAUUUGGAUAAGCGAGGAAAUAAAAAAGAAGUCUGGAACUAGUA